GUUUUCGGUGACCCCGACUCCGACUUCGGUUUCCAAGUCCGACCUCGGCUCCUGUCAGAACUAUCGACUCCGACUCCGACUUUGCAGUCCUGCCAGUAUGGCUGCCGUGGGACCACGUUUCUUCGCACUUCUGCUGGUGGCAUCUGUUUUUGUCUUCUACCUCACAGUGAUAAAUUAUGAAAACAGACUCUCAGCGCUUCAAAGCCGCCUGACAUAUAUUGAGCGUCGUUUGGCCACGCCGGAUGCGGACGCUGCCGAGACGGUCGGGGAUGAGACAGUGGUCAUCUACAACCGGGUGCCCAAGACGGGCUCCACGACCUUCAUGGGCAUCUGUUACGAUAUCUGCGAGAAGCAGGGAUUCAACGUCAUUCACCUCAACACGUCCAAAAACGCCCACGUCAUGUCGUCAGUGGAUCAGAUGGAGUUUGUCACCAACAUUACAACGUGGAAACAGCGUCUUCCAGCGCUCUACCAUGGCCACAUUGCCUUCAUCGACUUUGCAGCGUUUGGUGUGCAGCGGCGGCCGAUAUACGUGAACCUGAUCCGGCGACCGCUGGACAGGCUGGUGUCCCACUACUACUUCCUGCGAUACGGAGACGACUUCCGACCGCACCUAGUACGAACGCGGGCCGGAGACACGGAGACAUUUGACGACUGUGUGCGACUGAACCACUCGGACUGCCAGCCUCGGCUAAUGUGGAUUCAAGUGCCCUUCUUCUGCGGUAUGGCGGCAUUCUGCUGGGAGCCGGGCAGCCGGCAGGCCCUAGAGGCGGCCAAACACAACCUGGUGCACCACUACCUACUGGUGGGCACCACCGAGCGACUGCCAGAGUUUGUCGCCCUGCUGGAGGCGCUGAUGCCCAGCAUGUUCUCCGGCGCCAGCCGCGCACUCGAGAAAGGUGGAAAGUCGCACCUGCGCAAGACGCAGCGGAAGCUGGAGCCGUCGCCGGAGACGAAGGCGACCAUCCAGGCGUCGGCGGUGUGGAAGGUGGAGAGCGAGUUCUAUCGGUUCGCCGAGCAGCAGUUCAACUUUGUCAAACAGAAGACGAUGGUGGCGGCGCCCGGCGGCCGGCUGCGGCCCAGGCCUCGCGCCUACCACUACGAGAAGAUCCGCCCCAACAAACCCAAGUAGUUGACGAGGCGCCGGGCUGUCUCUCUGAGGCGAGCUGGGAGUCUAAACCGUCCUUUGAAGCUGGGCAGGGCCCGUUGUUAGUUGUUGCUCUGUGGCUGUUCAUUGUUCUCACACCGAGAGGAGAGAGGCCCAGUAGCGGCCAACGCUGACUGUUGUUGGCACCAGUGAAAUGGUCUCCACUGAGGCAUUCCUGCAGGUGGAUGGCCCACGGCGGACGGACGCGGCCCCGGGGACUUUCAGCUGUGAAAUGGCAUUCGGAACGGUGCUGCCACGUUAGCAGCGGUGCAACACAAUCGUUCCUAACGCGACCGGCGUGGCCAGGGUUCCUCCGGACCUGUGCAAUGAUUCAAGUGACUCGGCCGCUGAUGGCACUCAAUGACAUCCGUCAAUCAAACGGAGCAAGCCUACUAGAGAACGCUCAAAGCGUUCGACGCAGCGGCCACGUCGAUGUGACUAUGGUGACUUGGGUCUGUGACUUGGGUCUGCUGCUGAAGACUGCCGUUUGUCGCCGUGUUGAGGGGCGUCCGGAAAGUUGUGUCGCGUGCUUGUGUUUUCAGCCUUGCCCACGCUGUGGGUGUCGCGCUCGGCGGGCGGCAGGAUCGGGGAAGACGUCUUCCAGUUAUCACUCGUCGCCUAAUGUGUGAUAUGACCAUUGGAGCAUAUGGAGGGCAUUGUGGAGUUUUAGAUUAAUCGUGUUCAGAUAAUAUGCGGCAGACAGGGUAGUAUUGGUAUCGCUGCAUACAUUGCGCUGGACAAUUGUCUGAAAAGGCAACUUUCCUAUCUAUUUAUAAUGCUAUUUAACUUGUAAUAUUUAAACACCUAAUUUUAAAAUUUUAUAGUUGACGUAAUGUGGCCAACGCCAUUUUAUUAUUUAAUAUGUAACUUGUAGCUCAAUUGGAUUGUCAUUAGUUCUCAUUCAAAGUCAAAAUAUUUGAUAAGGCAGGUUACUAGAGUUUUUGUGGUCAUUCAUACCUAUUGCACAUUUUCUUUGUACAUAUGAAUUUUAUGCGUGACGUUUCGCAUAGGUCGCAUGAGUUUUGCUAUGUGUGAUCAGGUGGUUAUUGUUGUGUAUAUUGGAAUUUAAAACGUGACCUUGUGUUAAUUUGAUUGAAGUGCCUGGCAUGAGCAUGCAUUAUUUAUCAAUUAUUUGAUGCUACCGCCCCCCGUAGUUAUAUAUUUGAACCUUUCCUUCUUGAACGUUUAACUUUACAUUCGCUCUCCGCUGGACACUUCCUUAUUUUUGAACAACAGUGCCUCCGUUUGCUAUCACUUGGUGUCUGUUUUGACUGCGCCUGGCGUCGUUUGCCGCUGUGCCAAAGCUCUCCUGCCUGUAGCGAGUGGCUCCUAGUGCACAGGGUACCCUGUUGGGACCACACCGCCGCCGACUGCGGGAUCCGGGACGAAGGGCGCUCCGCUCCUCGCUCCCGUGGUGGCCGGGGUGCCCCAUGUGCGACAGCCGGCGGAGGGCCGCUCGGUUAAUGGGUGGAGAGACCCGGUGUGUUGUACCGUGUGAAGGCGGCACGAUGCUGGCCGCGAGAGCACCAAUGUGAUUUGUUAUCAGCCCCUGUGACGCAAUGUUAGUCCGAGAAGUUUGUGCCGAGGUCCGCAACUGGCGAAGACGCUUAAUAUAUACAAACGUGAUUGGUUA